AUGGCUUUCAAUCAUCCUCAGCGCAAUAAUGGCGAAGGUGUGAGAAAUGAGAAACUUUAUGUUUUUGCCCAAAGUGCACGACCAUUUGGAGAUCUUGCACGGGGAGAGUCAUUUUCCAGAAAUGACAUGGAGGUAGUGCAUUGGUUCGUACUGAACAAUUGUGAUGAGAUAAUGGCCUACUUAGAUAAGCAUGAAGAGAUGAUGAAACGAGAACAUCCAUCACAUUUGUAUGCCAACAAACACCGUGAAUUGUUUCCACAAUGGUUUUUGGAAUAUGUGAAUAAGUUAAAAUCAUCGAAUUCCCUCACUUACAGUGAAGAGUUAUAUAACUUGGCGUUCGACCCGAUUCGCGCUGAAUUAUUCUCAGGUUGCCAUGUUAAUGGCGUCAAGUUUUUGGGGAUUGCAUGA